AUGGGUAAAAGAUAUCUUGAAUAUAUAGAUUCUUCAAAGUACAUUUAUAAAUGCAAAUUCUGUAAGUGUCAUUUAUCAAGUAAAGAUCAUCUUAUAUCGAAAAACUUUACAUCUGGCAGUUGUCGAGCUUAUUUAUUUACUAAUGCUUUUAACGUUUAUUACGGAGAAUCAAAGAGAAAAGAGCUACUUACAGGACUUCACGAUAUUUCUUAUGUUUAUUGUGAAAAUUGUGAAAGAAAAAUGGGAUGAAAAUACAUUUGAGCUGCAAAACCUGAAGAAAAAUACAAAGAAGGUAAUAUAAUCCUUGAAAGAAAUUCACUUUAUAAAUUUUAA